CACCUGAUUGCAACAACUUUCCCAAUAUGUUGAUCAAUCUAUGAGCUGUGACUGUGAGUGGUCCUGCAAAUCUCCUGCUUGUAGCCGCUUGCUUCGACGUCAAGUCGUCCUCCAGUACGUGGUCGAAGUUCAGGAACUAUUGCAAGAUCCACAUUCUUCGACGUCGAAAACGUCACAUUGGACCUUCACACUGAGUUCCAGUCAAAAUGGUGAUCGUGGUGAACGGAGUGCUAGAAGUGUCGCGGCGCACGUUGCGCCUGAGCACAUUUUCGCUCUCGACGCAUCUUCUCCUGGCUCAGGGAAUCAGCCACGAACAGGAGAAACAGGCUGUCAUCGAUUGGGAUGGAGACGUAGAAAGUCAGGACAUGGAUGGCGCAACGGCUUUUACGCAAGUAGUGACACCGCCGCCCGAGGACAAAGAGUCUCAAGUAGCAGAGGCCAUCGACAUGAAUGCCAAUGCGCUGAGAAAGAUAAUGAGAAAAGCGGCAGCUUCGCUUGCCCUUUCGCAUGCGGGAGGAAAACCAAAAGGGCUGAAGAUGUUUGAUAAUUUUGGCCUGAGGAACGGGGACGGCAGGAACUUGCUCGGUCCGCUGGAGGCUACCGAUUCGAAGCCGUUAGCGGGAGACCAUGGGAGUCUCACCACCAAGCCUUCGUCUCCUGCUAAAUCGGCCGCGCUGAAUGGAGGAGGUGUCGAUGCGCAGGCGUUGCCGUCGCUCAACACGAGGGGCGCGGAUCGUCGUCUAGAGGAAAAAACGCCCCAAGACCUGCAGCAGCCUCUUUCGGGGGAGGCGCAGAAAAAUGUUCUUAGAGCCACUGUACGUAAGGUGAAUGCAGGGCUGGUCAAGAGACUGGGCAACACAAUGAAUAAACGCGGUGGCCCAGGAGUGAACAGGGAAGCCUUUUUGGGUCAGCUCGUCGACGAUGGCGUAUUUAAGGAGCCCAUGGACCUAAACCCGCUGAAACAAAUUGCGAAGCAAGUCCGAAAGGCCUUGAUUGAUGAGGAAACAGAGCUUCACGGUCACGAUCCGAAAAGAAAGGAGGAAUUGGAGGCUCUCAUUGACGCAACAGAUAAGUCUGCAGAGCUAAAUGCGCGACUCGAGGAACUCGCCUUCCACAAUCACGAGACAAGCGAUUCUGACAGGCUGGUUGUCGAAAUUCAAUUGCUUUUACUCACCCAGCUUGCCGAUAUUGACCAGUCUGAGGUUAAACGCGCUGUAGAAAACAGAUCCGAGCGUGUAUCGCUAGACGGCUGGCGUCGCAAGACGACGGAGGAUUUGCUAGCCAUCAUACAGCGCGUGGAUGCCAGCACGAUCGAAGACGCCAUAGCGAGUGGGAGUGCUUCCUCCGGAAGUCCGGAUCAAAAUGGAGGACAAUUUCUCUUUCCCAUCCCUCCUUCAGUUCCUUUCUGGAACUUGUUUUAGCAAAUGCUGAAGGGCCGCGGGCUAGAAUCUGGCGAUGGUGUAACCGACAUGCAAAAAAGUGCGGGGGUGGCGCGAGAUGUCUUAAUCGGAGAAGCUGGUGGUACGGACGAAAAGCUCAAAAACUGCAACUUGGUGGUGGAGAUGAAGAACGAUAAACAUAAAAAUUGCUUUCAGAUUCUAUCUGCGCUCCUCCAGGGAUGCUUCUUGCGAGGCUCGGAGGCUAGUAGCCCCAGCGAGUGGGCCUUCGACCAAGAUCAAGCAGAAAAAAAUCUGCCGCGGAUUCGAGUACUCUUACUCACCAUCCUCGCCAACAUCGAUCAGACCGAGUUUGAGAAAAUGGCAGAAGGGGCGACGAAAGGUCGUGGAUGAGGAGGCUUUUUUACGACUUUCGGUGGGAGUGGACGUGGAU